AUGGCCCAAGGGAACAACAGCUUUCCCCACAAUGCCCCUCUCCAGUCUGUUUGCCAAUGCAGUACUAAGGGCUCAGCAUCUCACCUACUUGCAACUGAUACCUUCAAGGAAUUUGAGCGUUCCUACAUCCCUGAAGACCAGCGGCACUCCAACAAAAACUCUCCAUCUGUAUUCUGUUACUCUGAAACCAUCCCUGCCCCCACAGGGAAGGAUGACGCCCAGCAAAAAUCUGACAUGGAGUUGCUGAGGUUUUCACUUACACUCAUUCAGUCAUGGCUAAGUCCUGUACGGUUCCUAAGCAGGGUGUUCAGUAACAGUCUAGUCUUUGGGACUUCAGACAGAGUCUACGAAAAACUCCAAGACUUGGAAGAAGGUAUCCAGGCUCUUAUGAGGGAGCUGGAGGAUGGGAGCUCCCGGGGCCUUCAGCUCCUCAGACCCACCUAUGACAAGUUUGACGUCAAUCUCCGCAAUGAAGGCUCUUUGCUGAAAAACUAUGACCUUCUGUCGUGCUUCAAGAAGGACCUGCACAAGGUGGAGACCUACCUGAAAGUGAUGAAAUGCCGACGUUUUGGGGAAAUUAACUGCACCAUCUGA